AUGUCCAAUGGCUCUACCCUUCCUGGCACCCUCUCGACACCCGCCCAAGCGUAUCCUUCGCUUCAAGUCUCCGGCCAAGAUGACACCACUGCCACAAUUCCUCGGUCUGCCAGCUAUACCCAGCUUCCUGCAGAUGCCAAGGUAGACGCGACACCCGAGAGAAAGUCCAGUCUUUCACGAAGUUUCUCCGAGAACGUCUUGGUAAACAUACAAGGGAAUGUAUCAAGUCAAAGCUCAGCAAAGAAGAGGUCAGAAGACGCUUCCAAGGCACGGAGGGGAUCCUUGAGACGGCUAGGCUCAAGCAAACGGCAGAAGGAUUCCGACACUCAAUUUACUAUAUCUAAGUUCACCAUUGGGCCUGACCCGUCUUCGGAAGACCUUGCAGAGGAAUCGAAGGUUUGCAAGGACGGCACCACUCAAGGCACCGAGCGUAAGGCGCCUUCGGUCGCCGGAUCGAUCUCAAGCCUCGCUCGAAAGUCAUGGAUCAGUAAAUCACGAUCGCCUUCGCCCUCUCCAACCAAAUCACGGCUCCGCAAGGAAACGGGGCCUGCAGCCGAAUCAACACAUCAAAUCAAUGGCUCGAGUCCUGCGGUUGAUGUGAAGACAUCUUCCUUGUCUGCUGCCGAAGUAAAGGAUGACGCUCCAAACCUCCCUUCAAACAUUCAUGCUAAGCGAAGUCUGUCGCGGCGUAACAGCGUGCUCACGAGGUCAAGAAGACCGCUUAGCUCACUCUUGAGCAAAGCUUCCCCUUCCGAAAUUCCUUCGGUGCCUCCCAUUCCCAAGUCGUAUUCAACGGACAGACUGCCAUUAUCCAGCAAACAGUCGACGUCGAGCAAAACUCCUACUGUCCCGAGUUCAUGGUCUUCCGAACGAUUGCAGGGGUUGCCAGCAGAAACGCCGCGAAGGAAGGAUGAGCUCUGGAGUGUGUUUCGAACUCUUGACGGAGAAUACCAAAAAUUUCAAUCUCGACCGAGUACUAUGAAGACCGGUAUUGUUCGGUCGGUCCUUCUGCCGUUCUUGAGGAAUCAUGCCGAACACCCUUCAAGUUCAUCAUUGAGGCCAGAAGAUCUUGACCGUCGUACUUUCAUCCUCAACAAAUGGUGGACAGGCUUGUUGGAGAUGCUGAAUGGCAGACAUGGCGAGUCAGUCUCUGGCAACGAUAGACCUGCGAUUUUGGAGGCUGUCACAGCACUUAUGGCCAGACCAGAGUGGACUCUCCCACUUUCUUCUAUCGCCACCAGACCAACCAGGACGACUCGUACUUCAUUGAAGUCUCAGUCUACAACUUCUUUGGGGUCAAAUAUAUCGGACUUUUUGGCUGACUCUGUGCACCACAACGUGAGGAAUACGUUUACACAGAACCUGCUGGCUCAGAUGGCAUAUGUAGUUGAUAAGAUGUCUACUCGCAAUGUAGCCGCGAGUGUUGUGACCUUCUGUGGCAAGGCUACAGCUUACGCUUUUUUCUACUGUGAAGGUAUCGCCGAGAUAUUGGUGAGACUGUGGGCAAUACCUUCAGAAACACUGCGACGCGUGCUAGCCAAGGGUAGCACACAAAAGCAGCCCGAAAUAGAUUCUGUAUCCCACAGAGUCUGUACUGCGUAUCCACAAUGUCUGCAUUCACUAAAAUUGAAGGCUCUCCGACCCAUGAUGAAGUAUCUGCGCAGCAAGCCCCAGUCUCCAUUGCCGAUUGCUACUACUCUCAUUCCGUGGCACGGUCCAUGGGUCAGUAGAUGGGCUGGCAAAGAUACCGACCUUUUCUUCGUAUUCACCAAAUUUUAUACAGAUCUAGCCUGUCGUUUCCUCCCAGACCACCCGUCUCCAGAGGAAAGAAUGGCCGCGCCUGCGUGGGUUUUGGUCCAGGCACAGAUCCUUACAAUCUUGGAUGCUACUAUGCAACAAAUGAAUAGUCAAACUUCUAUCAGCCCAGCUGGUCCGUCCGUUACUUUCGACGAUUUGCUCGGAGAGGCAGACGCCAACGCCACGAUGCUGCCGGUUCCCGCUCAUGGCCUUGUUCGAACAAUGGGUGAAAAUCGCUUGAUCAUGCUUCUGAGGGAAUGUUUAUCAAGCUCAACCAUCAUAGCAGCCAAGUCUCGUUCCAUCUUUGCACAGGCUUUCAGCAGCCUACUCGAAGUCGCCGCUCGACGGACUUCUAUGUACGAUCACAACGCGUGCUUUACCCUUUGCGAUUUUCUUGAGGAAGCCAUACUCAUUUUGCUACGAUACCAGCAAGAGACGGAUGCUGCAAUUGCCGUUGUUAACUGGUCUUUCUGGCUCGACGUAUGCAGGCACAUGCUGCAAAGCCAGAACAGCAUGACUGAAGUCCGACUUUGUGCUUUUCUCUACAGUAUGUGGUCAGCAAUCACGAGUGACGAGGCUAGGAGGCGCGAGGUAUGUCUCGAUUGGCUCUUAGCCGAGGACACCUUUCAUGCAAAUUUCAACCAUUGGUGUCCAAUGGUCAGAGCUUUUUACAUGCGGCUCAUUGUUUGGAAGAUCGCAAGGCUGAAUGUCAGCGGGUCUGAUGUCAAUAUAGCCAUACUGGGGGCCUUGGACCACCGCCUGCGUCAAGUCUAUCGCAUCUUUCUCUACAUCCAAGAGAACGCCCGAAGAAAACAUCUCGCAGCUCCUUCCACGGCACCAUGCAGCCCAGCUCCAGGCCGAUGCCUAGAGAUCGUAAGAAAUGACUCACAAAUGGCUCCGGGUGGCUCGUUCCUCACAUUCGAUGCCAUCUUAUCAUCUGCUUCGAGUACAAAGACUAGUCCUUACCAGAGCCACAACGCACAAGAACUAGCUUCCCCCAGCAAUGCAAGUCAGCCCUCCAAGGGUAUUGAGGAUACGAACAAGUCCCAAGACGGCGGUAAGAAACGAUGGAGCCUAUUCAAGAGCAUCAUCCCUUCCAGCUCGCCCAAGGACCGUCCGAAAACAAGCUCAGCGAAAAGCACGCUAGCUGCGUCACAAAGCUCGCCACCACCUCGUCACGGAUCCGCCGAAGGUUCGGCAUCAAAGACUGCGAUGAAUGGAACUGCAGGACCGGCACCCUCUUACCGAACACUGUCCUUCAAGAUCUCCCUCGAAUGGAUAGAUCAAGACAUCAACAAUCCUGCGGGUAGAGAUCGACGGCUCUAUCCGCCCAAGCUUCCCCUCCCAGCUCAACUCUCCCUACAGACUCGUCAAUCCGAGGACACCCGGGACAACAGCCCCCUCGAGCCUUUGGGGGUGACGGCCGGACCGAGCAAGUAUGCCGGGAGAGCACUUGCCGAGUGGGCUAUCCUGAUCACCGAAUGCCAAAACUUCUUUGAGAGGCGCAAGGCUGAGGGGGUCCCUUCGUACCAGCUGGUAGAGACGCCGACACUCGGUGUUGAUCCUUUCCGCAAGGUCCAUGUGUGA